UGUACACACUGUAUCAGGAAGUAAGCAGAUCGGUGCCAUUUAAAGGACGCAAUUUUUGCUGCGCAACAAUCAAGUCGGAGUGCGAAUUUUGUUCAGAACUCAUUGCAGGUGGCAUUAUACAGAAGAGGAAAGACAUGUCGGUGACGGUGAAGGCUUACCUCCUGGGCAAGGAGGACAACCAUAAGGAAAUUCGACGCUUCGCAGUCGAUCAUAAUGUCUCGACAAGUUUCGAGUACUUAAGCCGGAAGGUGAUGGAUGUGUUCUCGAACCUCCACAAUGUUUCCUUCCAGAUGCAUUACAAAGACGAGGAUGGAGACAUGAUUGCCUUCUCUUCUGACGAUGAGCUCAUUAUGGGACUUACUAUGAUAAAGGACGAUACCUUUCGCAUUUUCAUCAAGGAAAAAAAGGAGCACAAGCGUGAAUUCCCGCAUCAUAUGGACCAAGGGUUCACCAUCCCCCCUCCUUUUGGACCACAUCACAUGGGUCCUCCAGGACAUCCUCCGAUGGGUCCACCCCAUAUGGGACCACCUCCUCAUUUCCCACCCAUGGUUCACCCCGGGGUGACAUGUGAUGGUUGUGAGGGACAAGUGGUUGGGACCCGCUUCAAAUGCAAUGAGUGCCCAAAUUAUGACUUGUGCUCCACUUGCCAGGCCAAGGGCCUCCACAAGGAACAUGUUCUUCAGCCCAUUCUUCACCCCAUGGUCAAUAUGUAUGAGUGGCUUCCUCGUGGCAAAAUCUGGCGCAAGAUGAGGCACUGCAUGUGGGCUGGGGCUCAGGCUCAAGCCCAGGCUCAAGCCUGUGCUCAAGCCCGGGCUCAAGCCCAAGCCCGACCUGAUCCAUCUGAUUGCCAGCCAGGUUCCCAGCAGGCUAACUCGCAGGAAGGCCAAGCUGAAAAUGAAGUCUCCUCUGCACAGUCCAAUAUGGAGUACCUGAAGAACAUUGGAGAGGGUGUGGCUGCCUUGUUGAGCCCACUUGGAAUCGACGUGGACAUUGAUGUAGAGCAUGAGGGAAAGAAGGCUAAAGUGACACCACCUCCUUCUGCCUCAAGUGGACCUCCUAGUGGCAGGAGUGAUGCUAGCUCUGCAGGCCUUUCCAAGGGUACAGAUGGAAGUCCAAGCAGUGUCGGGAGUUGCAACGGGGCUGCAAAGGACCAGAAAGACCAAAAUAAUGACGAGGAAUGGACCCAUCUGAGCUCAAAGGAAGUAGAUCCAUCCACAGGCGAGCUCCAGUCGUUGAGGAUGGAGGUGGAUGCAGCAAAUGAUAACUCUGCUCCACUCAGCAACAACUCCAAAGUUACCCCUGGCCCCAGUGGUCUACGUGAGGCUGCCAUUUAUCCACAUCUACCACAAGAUGCUGACCCUCAUCUGGUAGAGUCUCUGUCCCAGAUGUUGUCUAUGGGCUUCACAGAUGAAGGCGGUUGGCUGACCAGGCUGCUCCACACAAAAAACUACGACAUUGGAGCCGCUCUGGACACCAUCCAGUACGCCAAAGCCCCGGACCAACGAAACUGAAGUCCAAGCAAAGGCUCAAAAUAAUGGGGGUUAUGUUAAACUAAUCAUUUUUGGAAAAACCCCAUGCUAACCCAUUUAACCGUUUCUGCCUUUUCUAAAUGUGUAACAAUUUCCUUUCAUACUGAUGACUAUUAAAUUACUCAGGCAUUUUACAGUAAUACAGAUUUCUAUUUUAUUCCAUUUUAUUAAAAUGUAGAAAUUACCUUGGUAAAUAAGGCUGCAAUCGGAGCACAGUGCCAUGUAUUAGUUCUAUCAUGUCUCAUUUGGCACCAAAUAAAUGACAUUUACUUUACAAACCGGUAAACUUUAGGGAAGAUCUAUGAACAAGUUUCCUACUUAUAAAGGUCAUUGUUUGAACACAUUGGAGUAUAUUUGUUAGUCAGAAUAGAAAAGAUUUGUUAUAUUCUAUAAUUUUACACAUUAUUCUGCCUUGUCUGUCAAAUAAAUUCUUGCAAACAUC